AUGGGGUCAUCUGUGUCCAAGGCUGCCCUCGAAGCGACCACGGAUGAGCUCGUGGAACCAGACUCGAAACACCUAGCUGAUAUCACUCACUACGUUAAUGCAUCAAAUAUGGGUGUCAAACGCCUGGCGGAAGUUCUUUUUGAGAAAUCAAAGAACAGCAGCUGGGUGGUGGUGUUCAAAGCCCUGAUUACGGUUCAUCACCUUAUGGUGCAUGGAAAUGAGCGUUUUAUCCGUUAUCUUGCAUCUCGAAGCUCUUUGUUCACUUUACACAACUUCCUGGAUAACAGUGUCAUAGAAGGCUAUGCUAUGUCAAUCUUCAUCAGACGAUACAGCAGGUACUUGAAUGAAAAGUCACUCGCAUAUAGACUGAUCUCAUAUGACGUCACCAAAACCAAAAGAGGGCUGGAUGGCUUUAUGAGAAAUAUGAAUACUAAAGACCUGCUAAACACACUUCCAGUUAUUCAAACUCAGUUUGAUGCUCUUCUUGGCUUUAAUGCAAAUGCAAAUGAGCUAACUAAUUGUAUAAUACGUGCUGCUUUCAUGCUCCUCUUUAAGGAUUCUCUUCGCCUCUUUGCAGUCUAUAAUGAGGGAAUUCUCAAUCUGCUAGACAAGUUUUUUCACAUGACGAAGCGCCAGUGCAAUGAAAGUCUGGACAUUUACAUCAGGUUCCUUGCAGGAACAACCAAAUUGGAACAGUUCCUGAAGAUUGCAAAGCAAGUUGGAAUCGACCAGAACAACAUUCCAUAUCUUACUCAGGCACCAAACAGUUUACUUGAAGCACUGAAACAACACUUGGCUUCAUUGGAUGAGAAAAAUGAAAUUUUUCCUCCUUACAGGUAA